UGGGCAAGGGGUGGAUUAGGGGGCCAAAGGAACUGCUAGGGAGAGAUUGUCCCAGGAUCGCAGACACACCAAGCCGCUUUAUAGGGGCCAAAUCCAGGGGGAGCUUCACACCCUCGAGGCAUAGUUCGCUGUCGAGCCACGGCAGUCGUACGCACCUAUUCCACCGCAGCGCCAGCAUAGGCACUCGGUGCUGCGAAGAGACGCAGAGCAAAAUGCAUACUCCUUUCCUUCCACCUUCCAGACUAAUGUCGCGUAGACCGAGUGACUCGUCUGCUCGCCGUCUACGCACCAAUCAAAGUCUGCAAGGGGACCCCGCGCAAGCGGCUCAGGCUCCCUCCGACCACGCGGUCCGCCGCCGCUUGGCGCAAUUCGCAUGAGAUCCCUGCAUCCCGCAUCGAUCAGCAACAGAAGCAGGGCCUGAGCGUGAUCAUGUGAAGUUCCCAAGCAACCCCGAUCUUUAGCCAUGGCACAGCAUCUCUUGAAGCAAAUCGCAUUUGAGGCGAGCAUGACACCUGAGUGUUCCGCGUCGGAUACAAGGUAGCCAGGUCGAAUGACGGUAUAGCGGUACCGAGAGGGGUACGCGCGCGUCAGGGCCUGAUGCUCUCGGCCGGCGCGUGCUGCAUAUAUGCACGCGUACCUCGAGCUCGAACCGGCCGCUCCACUCGCCGGCAUCGCGUGUGUGGCUGCUUCAUGUGCAACCUUCAAUGCCGAUGCAUGGGCCGCGUGGAUCUGUGCACUAUAUAGCGGACAAAUGCGGCCACGCCCUCGCAUGAUCGACAAGCGGAGGUGUCCUCGCAUGAUCAAUAAGCGGAGGCAAGGUUCGAGCGUUUACAUAUUCGCGGUCACGAGUGGUCUGCCUUCCUAGCCGAAGGUUCCUCUUGGAUCAAUCAGACUGCGCAAGUGCGCGCCGACAAUCCGCAAGAUUGAGCUGGUGUUGUCGUGGCCUGUGCGCCGACCGUCGCGUCAAACGACGACCGUGGGUGCUGCUGUUCAUGCCUCGCUUCUGACGGGCGAGGAAGGAAUUUGUUAUACAUUCGUGGUCAUUAGGUCUAGUCGGCGAGCAUGUCGUGGGUUACAAGCGUAUCUCCACAGGUCGGAUAGGGACCCAAGUGGACUACUAUCUGUUCAUGAAACUCUCGAAGAGGAAAGCCUGCUUUCCCUCCCAAAUGAACGCGCACGGUGUCCGGG